ACACCGCAACAGCUCUCCCAACGAGGAGCUCCCCUUCCCCGUUCAACGUGAUCGUACCUCGAAAUCGACCACUUUUCCGGAGGAUAUACCUCGCCUGCUCCGGAACUUGCCUUCAACGAACAAGAAGCGCAAUAUGGCAAAUGGCUGGGCGCCCUUCAUCGGCGCCAUCGUAGUCGCGGUCUUCUGCGCCGCGGCCUGGUUCCUGGCUCCCAAGGGCGAGAAUCAGACUAUCUGGCGCUCAACGCUCGUACUCUCCGCCGUCUCGAUGUAUCUCAUGUGGCUGAUAACAUUCCUCGCACAAUUACAUCCCCUUAUCUCGCCGGUACGGUAUGAUCUUCGAGGGGAGCAUGGAGGGGCUUCGUUGUGAGAUGGUGUGAAGGAUGGAAGAUAAGCAUAACUGAAGGAGGUGAAGUCGCAUGCAAUACCACGUCCUCGAGAGCUUGAGAUACACAUAUAUUGCUCUGGUCGGGAGGAAGCCUCCUGCGUGGAAGUAAGCAGACGGGCGUAAGAAUUGGUGGAGCGUUAUCCGUUGAUAUCAAGAGAUGUGGAAGGGACCUCAGCAUGCACGGGUCAAAUGGGACGACGGAUUGGAACUGGCAGGCGUCAUGUAACUGGACUUUGAAUGUCGCGAGGCCCAUUAUAAGCUAAUGGCGCUUUUAUAUAUAAGCGAGCUUACUUCCUUUGAAA